AUGGAUGAGACUGUUGCCGAGUUUAUCAGGAGGACCAUCCUGAAAAUCCCCAAGACUGAAAUAAUGACAAUCCUGAAAGGAUGGGAUUUUUUAUCUGAAAAUCAACUGCAGACUGUAAACUUCCAGCAGAAUAAGGAAUCUCUCAUUCAGCACUUGAUCCUGCUAUGUGAGGAAAAGCAUGCAAGUUUCAACGACGUGGCCCUUUUAGACAUGAUUUAUACUCAAGUUCAUCGGCACCAGAAAGUUUGGGAUGUUUUUCAGAUGAGUAAAGAACCAGGUGAAGACACUGACCUUUUUGAUAUGAAACAAUUUAAAAGUGCAUUUAAGAAAAUUCUUCAGAGAGCAUUAAAAAAUGUGAUGGUCAGCUUCAGAGACACUGAGGAGAAUGCAGUCUGGAUUCGAAUUGCCUGGGGAACACAGUAUACAAAGCCGAAACAGUACAAACCUACUUAUGUGGUGUAUUAUCCCCAGACUCCGUAUGCCUUCGCUUCUUUCUCCAGCCUAAGGAGCAAUAUACCACUUCUGGGUCAGGCACUGACAAUUGCUAGCAAAUACCAUCAGAUUGUGCAGAUGGACCUGAGAAGUCGAUAUCUGGACUCUCUUAAGGCUAUUGUUUUUAAACAGUAUAACCAGACCUUUGAAAUGCACAACUCUACAACACCUCUACAGGAAAGAAGCCUUGGGCUAGAUAUAAAUAUGGAUUCAAGGAUCAUUCAUGAAAACACAUUAGAAAAAGAGAGAGUCCACAGAAUAACUCAAGAAACUUUUGGAGACUAUCCUCAACCACAGCUGGAAUUUGCACAGUAUAAGCUUGAAACAAAGUUCAAGAGUGACUUAAAUGGGGGCAUCUUGGCUGAGAGGGAAGAACCCCUCCGGUGCCUAAUAAAGUUCUCUAGCCCACAUCUUUUGGAAGCAUUGAAAUCCUUAGCACCAGCCGGUAUCGCAGAUGCACCACUCUCUCCAUUGCUUACUUGCAUACCCAGCAAGAGAAUGAAUUAUUUUAAAAUUAGAGAUAAAUGA